AUGUUCUCAUAUUCUUUGUUCUCCAUUACUGGAGGAGCCAAGGCUAGGGAUUACGAAGUGCUACGCCUCUCCAAUGCCACUUGGGAGUCAAUUCCCUUUGCUGUGCCCUCUGAGAGUGCGGACGGCGAACAGUCCACUGGAGCUGCAUCUGCCAUCAACCACAUGGACACCUCCCAACCACCACCACCCUCCACGUCGCAACCUGAAGACUAUGAAGAGGAAGAUGAGGAUGGUCCAGCUAGCAUUCAGACUAACAACACUCUCUCCUCUCUGCGACAUUUUGUGGAGACUGCGGGAAAGGACUCAGAGGCGCUCCUCAAGGUGCUCCAAAAUCAACAGACACGUCAAAAGUCAUCGGUACAACUCUCCUCGGAGUCUUCAUCAAUCGCGGCAGCUGGACUGUCACAACGCACCUCGGCGUUCGAUCCGGAUUUGUCCCUUCAGUUGGAGGGCAAGACAGGCGAUUUCUAUCGCGUGGAGAGGCAGAAGUUUAAAAAACUUGCGAAUUCUACGCAGUCGAAUGUUUUCGGAAAUGGCUCCAACGUAAUUUCACCAGCCAGUGCUCAGCAAACGGUGUGGAUCGGUUGUCAAAACGGCGAUAUCUUCAUUCAUAGCUGUGAUUCCAGCCAACGCCGGCCACUUCAAUCCACACGUCUUCCUGCUGGUGUCACUAAUAUUAGACACUUCUCGGGUCGUGUGUUUGUAAGUCUCUCAGAUGGUCACAUUGUGGUAUUUCGUCGACAGGCGCGCCAUCCAGCUGAUCAGUCUGCCAACAAUCCUGGUGGUGGUGGUGGUGGUGGUUCCCUUCCGCCGCCACCUCGUACCUCCUCUCCAAUCCCUCGCGUCUCUUCCACCUCUCAGAAUUGUCAGCUGUCUAUUGGGGAGGAGUUGGCGGAAGUGGCGACUGCAGCUGGCGCAUGGGACCUCUCGGAGGCUGUUGUUAUUCGAUUCACUCCCACUGCCCAAUCACUUGUCAAGUCCAUGGCCAUAGUGCCCACUACUCUCACGCUAUGGGUCGGGAAUCGAAAUCGAGUGCUUGUUAUUGAUACAACCACCUUUCAGCGGCUAUACGCAUUCGAGGUUGAUCCUAAAUCAAGUCACACAGUGCGUCAAUUGUGUUGGUGUCGUGAUGGUGUCUGGAUUUCACUUCGAGAUGAUCCUACACUGCGCCUUUUCAAUGCCUUCACUUACGAGCCAAUGCAAACUGUCGAUAUGGCGUAUAUCAUUAAUGAAACUGUUGAUACGGGCGCUUAUGAUGGUCACCUCCUUGCAGUGUCUGCGUCGGUUACAGCAUUGGAAGCCUCCACAGACCACCUCUGGAUUGGUACUAAGGGAGGUCAUGUCGCUUGUAUCCCCUUCGAACAUGACUCCGCAUCGAAACAGACUUUCGACCAAUCAAAUGCAUCCAAAAACUCAAACUCCACUUCCUUUGAAAAUGAAAACUUUCAGGAAGUUGCUCCACCUUCCUCUCAACUGGAUCUCUCCCGUGCUUCAGUGAGUGGCUAUGGGCACACAGAGACAGUCAGCUUCUUCAGUCUUGUUGGUGGCAAUCCCUCAUUGUACAAUAACUCCUCAGCGCCGCCGCACUCCAUGCAACAGCCUCUGUCUACUGACGGCCUCUUAAUGGUUUCAGGUGGCGUAGGUCUCGUAGAACGUCAGAAGUCUACUCCCAGCAUUACUCGUAAGUUGUUUUACAAAUACUCUUAA